UCUGAUGUCAUGAUGGUGCAAGGAGGGAAGCGGCUCAGCAGCGUUUCUUUACUCGGAGGCAGAAAUAAACACCCUUCUGCUACGCAACCUGCAGCAAGAUGUUGGUGCCGGUGGUUUUGUUUUUCUAUCUGCUCUCUCUGAAUCCAGCAGCUACUGAAGUGGGUCUUGCUGGUAAAGUGCUUCUGUUCCCGUACGAGACUGAUUUCAGCUAUGUUAAACUCACACCUAAAAAGCCACUGGGCCUUACAGCGUUCACUCUCUGCAUGCGCGUCGCGACGGAGCUCCAGGGCGAGCGGCAGAUCAUUCUCUUCGCCUACCGCACGCCAGACUUCGACGAGCUCAACGUGUGGAGAGAGAAAGACGGCCGCGUGUCCUUCUACCUCAGUGGCGACGGAGCGUUCUUCCACCUGCCUCCUCUCUCCACCUUCCGGAUUCACCUGUGCCUCACCUGGGGCUCGCGCACCGGACUCACGGCCUUCUGGGUGGAUGGGCGCCGCAGCGCGUUGCAGCUGUAUAAACCUGGUCACAGCAUCCACCCGCAGGGCACCGCUCUGCUCGGCCAGGACCCCGAUAAACACCUGGGCGACUUCGAGACGGUGCAGAGUUUCGCCGGCGAGCUCACAGACCUGAACAUGUGGGACUACGUCCUCACCGGAAACCAGAUUAAAGCGCUGUAUCUGAACCACGCGCAGCGCGUGCCGAGAGGAAACGUGUUCGACUGGAGCACCAUCGAAUAUGAGAUCAAAGGAAACGUGCUAGUCGUGCAAGAUGAUUAAAACAUUCAGUCACAUACAACGUUUGUUAAUUUGCUAUCUUUUUCUUCAUAGAAUAUUCUGUUUAAUUGGAAAUACGCCAACAGCAUAAAUUAAGGUGUCCAGACAUGCCACUUCCCGGGGACACGUUAUGCACAGGAUUUCUGAAUCGCCUAAAAUAACCAGGUUUUGGUUACUUGGUUGGUGACGAUCGAUCGUUGCAUGACAUCAAAGUACCGCGAGAGCUAGAGAGCAGAGCAGACGGCUCCAUGCUUGCGAAUCGCUCUCGCGGUACUUUGAUACAACGAUCGAUCGGCGCAGCGCAAACAACCAACAGCUGGCUAUUUUUAGGCAAUUUAGAAAUCCUGUGCAGAAUGUGUCCCAGGGAAGUGGCACGCCUGGUCACCUUUAGCGUAAGUAAACAUGCUAAUUCUUUUCAUCACAACAGUUUUAUUAGUUUUAUUUAUUAGUUUAUUUAUUUAGCCUAUUUAUUUUUGAAUAAUCGAUGGCUGAUAAAUCCUAUUUAAAAGUGAAAUAAUAUAUUGAUCAGUCGUAACUCAAAUAUUAAACCUAGAAGUUUAAUAUCCCUUAUGAAGAUUAACCAUGGUUCUACUACAAAUAAAAUCAGAAAACCAUGCUUACUACAGUUAAACCAUGGUAACUACAAAUUAACCAUGGUUUUGCUACACUGACCAUAGUUUAACCAUGGUAUUUGUAGUAAAACUGUGGUUAUACAAAUGGUAUUCAAUACGCAAAAAAAACAUGGUUACUACAAUAAAACCAUGGUUCAUUUAAAUUAAUUAAUAGUAGGCUACUAACAGUAAUAGCUAUUUAUGUCACAGUAACAGUUUUCAUUAAUCUUUACCUGCUCAAAUAACUGACACUUACUAAAUGUUAUCAUUCGAUUUAGCAACAAAGGUAUCUGCUAAGAACUUAAAUUAAAUGUAGAUGUAACAAUGUGUCUGUAUUUAAAAACGGUGAUGUAAUAAAUUAUAUAUUUGUCAA